GGGCGUGGUUUUGUUUUUCAAAACACAGAAAUACAAAUCAGAAGCAGAAGGCGAGAGAAGCCGAUAGCGUCUUAAGUGAAAAAAAGAAUUUAAAACGACAAAACUUUGCACUCUCUCUUUCUAUCUCUCUCUCUCUCUUUCGCGGCCGACAUUGUAACGGUUCGCCGGGGCGCUGCGGCGGCGCCGACUCGUCCGUACGGCAGAGUUUCGGCUGUGGCUUCUCGCUAGUUCUGGUGAGAAUUCAAAAUGAUUGGAUCCUUUAUCACUAGAGGACUCGUUAUGGUCUUUGGUUAUGCUUAUCCAGCAUAUGAAUGCUUCAAAACUGUAGAAAAGAAUAAGCCAGAGAUUGAGCAACUUCGGUUUUGGUGCCAAUAUUGGAUUUUAGUUGCUAUGUUGACAGUUUGUGAGAGAGUUGGCGAUGCUUUCAUUUCAUGGGUUCCUAUGUACAGUGAAGCAAAAUUGGCAUUUUUUAUAUAUUUGUGGUACCCUAAAACAAAGGGGACAACAUACGUGUAUGAUUCCUUCUUUAGACCAUAUGUUGCAAAGCAUGAGACAGAAAUUGAUCGUAAUUUGUUGGAACUAAGGACUAGGGCUGGAGAUAUUGCAGUUUUAUAUUGGCAAAAAGCUGCAAGCUAUGGCCAAACUAGAUUUUUUGAGAUUUUGCAAUAUAUUGCUGCACAAUCAACACCAAGGCCUCGACCAGCACAGCCACAACAGCCGGGUGCUAGGGUUCGUCAAAAUUCUGGUUCACUGAAUCGCCAGCCAUCAACAACAACACAACCUCAAACCGAAGAGCCUCCAUCUCCUAGUUCCAGCUCAUCAAGUGAGCAUCAAGAGGAAGAAGCAGAAGGAACAGGUCCUGCACAAGCACCUACAGAGACUCCAGCCACAACAGUAGUAAACACGCAAAAAACAGCCGCAACAAAACCCAACACAGAGACCUCCACCCAGUCAACCCCAGUGGACGCUGAAAUGAUGCAGAUCGAACCAGCAUCUCCAGCAAAGGAAAACCCAAAUCCUCUUCCACAAGAGACUGUGGUGGAGGAGGCUAUCCGGGUUACUCGAGGCAGAUUGAGGAAAGCCCGUGCAAAUGCAAACCGUUGAGAUCCAAAAAAGCUAGCCCUUUACGCCACCUUAGCUUGCAAGCUGUGAGUAACUAGACUGUAGGUGGAUGGAUGAAAUAUGUGAUUUACGUUAUCCGUUGUACAUUUGUUCUCUAGUUUCUAUUAUAUUUGUUGCUUUUAUUUGUUCACGAUUUUUGAUAGAUGAGCUAAAGGGUCAUUGAUUAGUGAA